AUGAAUGCGAGGCCAAGCAUAUUGUUGAGCGGCGCUGACGGUGUGUGUAGGCAGGGCGACGUUGGAAGGUACAAGGCGGAGGUUUCACUCGAGGUGCUCAAGGAGGCCUUUGGAGGUCUUUCCGCCGGUUCUAAAUGGUUUUCUAUCAUCAUCCAUGUCACACCAUUCAGUUUCACGUGCAAGGUGGAGGAUUUGGCGCUGGAGGAGCUCAGGGGCUACGACGUGUUUCUCUGCGCUGUGGACUCUGUGGAGACCCGUAGAUGGGUGAAUGCGGCUGUGUUUCAGCUCUCAGAGUUUGAUGGCUUGGAGAGGCUUUUGAUUGACGGUGGAUCCCAGAACUUGUACGGGCAUGUGCGAAUUGUAAGACCGGGCAAAACUUCGUGCAUUGAGUGUUCACUCUCCCUCUUUACCACCCUGGAAACCGCAGCCUGUAGUCUUGUCGGUGCUCCAAAGACACCAGAGGACUGUAUACAGUACGCAAUUCAAGUGACCUGGGAAGAGCACAACCCAGAUACAUACCCGGAUGUGAGGUUUCCAGAUGUGCUUGAAUGGUUGUACAAGGCUUCCCUGGAACGUGCCAAGAGUUUUGGAAUAGACGGAGUCACUCGCAACCUCGUGGACGUCAUUGCGAGUAACACGAUUCCGAAUUUGUCGACUACAAAUAGCAUCAUCGCAUCGUUAAUGGUAAAUGUACUAUCGGAGGAGCCGGUCAAGAAGAACAACUUUUACUUUUACACUGGAGACGGAGAAACCUCCUUGUCGGCCUUUAGUCUGGAAGCUGACCCAGUAGGUGCAUUUAUGCCAGAAAUGAACAUCUAG